AUGAAUGAACCAGCCGCCCCAGCGUCAGAAGAAGUGCUCAACCCUUUUAUGAUGGGAGACACUGAUUCCUCAACAUUUGCCGGGGAUAAUCCUUUUGCAACCAGUAACCCAUUUUCAGAUUUUGGAGAUACUUAUGAGCCUCCCGCGGGAGACACGGUCCCUAUUGAUAUUUUUGGGGGACAAAAUACCACAGGAUUAGGCGCUAAAGGAUUUGAAGAUACAUCUAUGGAUAUUUUCGGGAGCCAACCAGUGGAUACGGAAAAGCUAAUGAAACCCACUGAACUAGAAUUAAUCUCAACUAUAGUUGAUUGUCCUAGUCCAGUACAAGUUGAUAACAAUGAACUCGAGCCGCCUGCGCGUCCUCUACCCCCAGAAACACAAAAUUUAAUAUUAAGCGUAACAGGUCAAAUGGAAUUUACUAGUACUCAUCUGCUUGAUCGUAUACCACCAACUAGAACGCCUAGUCCUGUAUCAGCACGAGAUAUUCACUCACCAAGCCUCACCCCAGAGCCAGGAGAAUUACUUGAGGAAGCGGUGCCAUUAGAAAACAUAGAAGUAAAUAAAAUGAAGCCAGCAAGGCCACCCCCUGCACGACCUCCACGGCCUGCACCACCAAGUGUUCCUCCACCGCGGCCACUAGCCCCACCACAAGUACAGCAACCAAAACAACAGCCAACCCCGGAAACCACCCAAAUGGAACCAUCAGAUGAUAUCAACCUUUUUGAUGCGCCUGUUCCUGUAACGACGAAACCAACGAAGGAGGAUAUUUUAAGUUUGUACUCCGCCCCUAAGAAAGAAGAAAAGCAAAUAGAUUUUCUAAGUGACGAUAUCCCUGAGGUUAUAUCGUCUGAUAAAAGUCCAGAAAUACUACCUCAAAUGUCUAAUGUCAUUACAUCAACAACAAGUUCUCAACCGGUCGAAACAACACCUUCAAUCUUUCAAGAUUCUGGAAAUGAUACCAUCGGAGAGCAAAAUAAUAUGUCAUUGUUUACCAAUGUAAUGGAUGACACAAGUGUUCCUAUGGAUUGUUCGGAACCGAUGGAGAUAACACCGAUUCAGUCUCAUAAUUCUCCUUUUACUGAACACGCUGAUGAAGAGUUCCAGGACAUAAAUGAAACCGAAAAAAAUCCAUUUGAAUCUAAUGAAGUAAGCGAUAUAUCAUCUUUUGGAAAUAUUGCUUCUGAUAUUUUCCCAUCGAAGCCCGAUGAAAAUGUGCCUAACCUUUUCUUUUCGAUGCCAGACGAUAACACAACCGACAUUUUUUCCACAAAUCCUGAAGGCAAUGCCGUUGAUAUUUUCUCCUCAAAAGCUGAAGACAAUACGACGGAUGUCUUUGCGUCGAAGCCGGAAGAUACGUAUAUGACAUCGUCAAAAACAGAUAUAUUUAGCGGAGGCCAAAAUGAGUCCUUUUUAGAUGAUACUACAACAAAAACUAUGGAAGAAACACAGUUUAACGCAUUUGGGGAAACAAUAGAAAAGAAUGAAGGUCAAUCGCGGAACGCUUUCGAUACAGACAUUACUUUUGUGGAGGAGAAAAGCGUUGCCGCCCCAACUUCAGAUCUAGGGUGGGAUAAUUCAGAAAUGAUACAAGACACCAUAAAACCUUCAGAAGAUGCGUUUGACGCUUUCUCCGCUAAAUUUGAUUCCACAGUCUCCAAUCAUAUGAAUACAGACGCGUGGGGUGAUGACGGCAGCUCGGACGUAGCUCCUGGGGGAUUUGAGGCUGAAGCGUUUGAUCCGUUCUUGACUAUGGAAGCGCCGCCGCCACCACCGGCCGCCACGCCACGUCUGGAGCAUCAGGGAUCGCGAGACAGUACUGACGACACUUUCUCGGUCUUCAUCAGGCCCAAGGAUGACACGGGGGCCCAAGAAUCGGCAGUACCAGUGCUUGCCCCGCCGCCGCGGCCACAAGCUCUUCCCGAUUCCCCGCGCUACAAUCCCUUCGAUAAGAGCGAAGCCGAACCCCAACCAAGGAUUGAGCCGCAAUUCGAAGAACCGCAUCAUGGGUCAGGCAGCGGCGGUGAGACGCCUCCCACGCCUUUGUUCGAUGAGGAUAUGUCGAUGCCUCUAGAAGACUUUCCGCGCACUCAGUACAACGGGCCGGGCUGGGAGAUGCAUUUGAGGCAACCCAACAAGAAGAAAAUUACUGGACAACGGUUCUGGAAGAAAAUGUUCGUGCGCCUGGUGUACCAGGGGGACACGCCCGCCGUACAACUCCUAAACUCCGCUACUGACAAGGAGCCGCUACAGGAGUUGCCUCUGCAAGCAUGCUACUCUGUGUCUGACGUAGGCGCCCAGCAAUUCGACCAGUUCGGCAAGAUCUUCACCGUCAAGCUCCAAUACGUAUUUUACAAGGAGCGCCCUGGUGUCAGGCCGGGACAGGUGACAAAGGCUGAGCGCAUCACUAGCAAGCUGUCACAAUUCGCGGCUUAUGCCAUGCAGGGUGACUACCAGGGGGUGAAAGAGUUCGGCAGCGAUCUGCGGAAACUCGGUCUGCCCGUCGAACACGCGCCUCAGGUGUCACAGCUGUUCAAGCUGGGAUCACUUUGCUACGAGGAUGUUAAGCAGUUCUCAUGCUGCGUGGAGGAGGCACUGUUCCGUAUAUCGGCGCACCGCGACCGAGCGCUCACUUACAAAAUGGAAGAGGUGCAACUGACAGCGGUGGACGAGCUUUACGUGGAGCAGGACGCUGAAGGGUCUGUGCUGAAGCAGAUUGCGCGCGUACGGCUGUUCUUCUUGGGAUUCCUUAGCGGCAUGCCGGAUGUCGAGGUUGGAUUGAACGACCUGCGGCGUCAAGGCCGCGAGGUGGUGGGCCGCCAUGACAUCAUCCCAGUGGCCACCGAGGAGUGGAUCCGAGUGGAGAACGCUGAAUUUCACGCCUGCGUGCAGCCAGACGAAUUUGCCAGUUCCCAGAUACUCAAGUUUAAGCCGCCGGACGCUUGCUACAUCGAACUGAUGAGGUUCCGAGUGCGUCCUCCCAAGAACCGUGAGCUGCCGCUCCAGCUGAAGGCUGCAUGGUGCGUCGCCGGCAACAAGGUGGAGCUGCGGGCGGACGUGCUGGUACCUGGGUUCGCUUCUCGAAAAUUGGGGCAGGUGCCUUGUGAGGACGUGGCAAUCCGCUUCCCCAUACCAGAGUGCUGGAUCUACCUGUUCCGCGUGGAGAAGCACUUCCGCUACGGCUCUGUCAAGUCAGCGCAUCGGCGUACGGGCAAGAUCAAGGGCAUCGAACGCUUCCUCGGUGCUGUGGACACUCUACAAGAGUCCUUGAUCGAGGUGACGUCGGGCCAGGCUAAAUAUGAGCACCAGCACCGCGCUAUAGUUUGGCGGAUGCCGCGCCUUCCCAAGGAAGGACAAGGCGCGUACACCACGCACAACCUGGUAUGCCGCAUGGCGCUGACGUCGUACGACCAGGUGCCCGGCGAGCUGGCGCGGCACGCGUUCGUCGAGUUCACCAUGCCGGCCACCCAGGUCAGCCAUACCACCGUGCGGUCGGUCUCGCUGCAGCAGCACGACGGCGACCCGCCGGAGAAGUACGUCCGCUAUCUCGCGCGCCACGAGUACACCGUGGGCAUCGAACGGACGACUGGCCAAUCGGCACCGGCGUACGCCCUGGCCGCCGCAACACCCGCGCCCGUCGCCCCCACUCCCGCCGCCCCACCGGAACGCGUACCCUCUUCCGACUCCGACUCGGAC